AUGCGAUGUCCCCCCGCCGUGGCGGCGAUAGCCUCACGGCACCAGGACCCACGCCCUGCCCUGUCCCCUCUGUCCGCAGGGUGCACGCUCCUCUUCUACGAGAGCGACGGCCGGUCGGGCAUCGAGCCGGGCAGCGUCCCCAAGCACGCCGUGUGGGUGGAGAACGGCAUCGUGCAGGCCGUGCCCGAGCACCCCAAGAAGGACUUCGUCUUCUGCCUCAGCAACUCCCUGGGCGACGCCUUCCUCUUCCAGAAGAGCACACGAGACAUAAACGCACGGCUCCCCGAAGUAUCGCCAAGUGCGUCUGUAACCCCACUCGGGCCAGGAAUAGAAGUGUCUAGCCGCGCGACGGAGCUGGAGAACUGGAUCACCGCCAUCCACUCCGCCUGCUCGGCCGCCGUCGCCCGGCACCACCACAAGGAGGACACGCUCCGCCUCCUCAAGUCGGAGAUCAAGAAGCUGGAGCAGAAGAUCGACAUGGACGAGAAGAUGAAGAAAAUGGGCGAGAUGCAGCUGUCCUCCGUCACCGACUCCAAGAAGAAGAAGACCAUCCUGGACCAGAUCUUCGUCUGGGAGCAGAACCUGGAGCAGUUCCAGAUGGACCUGUUCCGCUACCGCUGCUACCUGGCCAGCCUGCAGGGCGGCGAGCUGCCCAACCCCAAGCGGCUGCUCGCCUUCGCCAGCCGCCCCACCAAGGUGGCCAUGGGGCGCCUGGGCAUCUUCUCCGUGUCGUCCUUCCACGCCCUGGUGAGUGGCCUGGAGGCCGUGGGAGGGGCUGGGUCAGCGCGUGGAGGUGGGUCCCGCUUUCCACCGCGUGAGCCUCUGGGGGGUGUGGGCAGGUCUUCCCUGACAGCCGGAAGGUUCCUGCUCCCGCCCCUCGACGGGCUGGUGGUUGUGCCGGGACCUGCUGACAUGGUCCCGCCCCCUCGUGUGAAACCCACGUGCCGGGCGCAGCCUCCCUCGCUGUCCCUGCGUCAGGCUUUCCCCACACUCCCCUCCGCUGCCUCUGUGUGUGUGGAAUUAUGUUGCGGCCUCGUUGCUCUGACGACGCACCAGCUGGACCCGGCUGCCCACUACCUGCGGCUGAGGUUCCUCGUGGAGAACAGACUGCAGGUCUACGUGCCGCAGCCCGAGGAGGACGUGUACGAGCUGCUGUACCAGGAGAUCGAGAUCUGCCCCAAGGCCACGCGGAGCCUGCAGGUGGAGAAGUCGGACGCGGCCGGGGACAGCUACGGCUUCUCCCUCUCCUCUGUGGAGGAGGACGGCGUCCGGAGGCUCUACGUGAGCAGCGUGAGGGACACGGGGCUGGCGGCCAAGAAAGGGCCCAGCCUGGGCGGUGCGCAGGGCAGCGGUGCGGAGCCCGCCCCCGAGGAGGCCGAGGGGCUGGACCCCGAGUCCUCGGAUGACACGGACCUCAGCAGCAAGAGCACGGAACAGGGGGCCGUGUCCUGCCGCAGUCCGCGCGAGAUGAACCCCAGUGACCCGACACCUUCGUGGCCUAAAGACCGGACCGCCGGCCUCUGGAACAUCACCGGGUUUUUCUCCUUUGGGUUCUUUGUAGACGUGAAGACUCUGUUCACGAGCUGUUCUUUCCACCCUCAGGACCUGAACUGUCUCAUGGAGAGAUACCUGAAGCCCCUGCAGAAGGAGACGUUCCUCACCCAAGAUGAGCUUGACGUGCUCUUCGGAAAUUUAACCGAAAUGGUGGAGUUUCAAGUAGAAUUCCUUAAAACUCUGGAAGAUGGAGUGAGACUGGUCCCGGAUUUGGAAAAGCUCGAGAGAGUCGAUCAGUUUAAGAAAGUGCUGUUCUCGCUGGGAGGCUCCUUCCUGUACUACGCCGACCGCUUCAAGCUGUACAGCGCCUUCUGCGCCAGCCACACCAAGGUGCCCAAGGUCCUGGUGAAAGCCAGGACGGACGCGGCCUUCAAGGCCUUCCUGGACGCCCAGAACCCCCGGCAGCAGCACUCGGCCACGCUCGAGUCGUACCUCAUCAAGCCCAUCCAGCGCGUCCUCAAGUACCCGCUGCUGCUGCGGGAGCUCUUCGCGCUGACGCAUUACACCACCCCCCUCUACCUGCAACCCCUGUGCUGCCUCUUCAUCGCUGCCCUGUCGCCCCCAGUGGCCAUCAAGACCAUGAACAAGGUGGCCAGUCACAUCAACGAGAUGCAGAAGAUCCACGAAGAGUUCGGGGCCGUGUUUGACCAGCUGAUCGCGGAGCAGACGGGCGAGAAGAAGGAGCAAAGCCCCCCACCUCCCACCCCUGCCGUCGCCCCGCUCCCAGCCCAGCCCCUGUGCUGCCUCUUCAUCGCCGCCCUGUCACCCCCAGUGGCCAUCAAGACCAUGAACAAGGUGGCCAGUCACAUCAACGAGAUGCAGAAGAUCCACGAAGAGUUCGGGGCCGUGUUUGACCAGCUGAUCGCGGAGCAGACGGGCGAGAAGAAGGAGGGCUUGCAAACCUGCACCCCGCUCCCAGCCCAGCCCCUGUGCUGCCUCUUCAUCGCCGCCCUGUCACCCCCAGUGGCCAUCAAGACCAUGAACAAGGUGGCCAGUCACAUCAACGAGAUGCAGAAGAUCCACGAAGAGUUCGGGGCCGUGUUUGACCAGCUGAUCGCGGAGCAGACGGGCGAGAAGAAGGAGGUGGCCGACCUGAGCAUGGGGGACCUGCUGCUGCACACGACGGUGACCUGGCCCAACCCGCCCGCCUCGCUGGGCAAGUGGAAGAAGGAGCCCGAGCUGGCCGCCUUCGUCUUCAAAACGGCCGUGGUCCUCGUGUACAAGGACGGCUCCAAGCAGAAGAGGAAACUCGUCGGAUCCCACAGGCUCUCCAUCUACGAGGAGUGGGACCCCUUCCGGUUUCGGCACAUGAUCCCCACGGAGGCACUGCAGGUCCGCGCCCUGGCCAGUGCAGAUGCCGACGCCAGCACCGCGUGUGAGAUCGUCCACGUCAAGUCCGAGUCAGAAGGGAGGCCGGAGCGGGUGUUCCACCUGUGCUGCGGCUCCCCCAAGAGCCGCAAGGAUUUCCUGAAGGCGAUGCACUCGGUCCUCCGUGACAAGCACCGGCGGCAGCUCCUCAAGGCCGAGAGCCUGCCCUCGUCCCAGCAGUACGUCCCCUUCGGAGGAAAACGCCUGUGCGCGCUGAAAGGGGCCCGGCCGGCCAUGAGCAGGGCAGGUCUAUGAAUGGAACGUUGUAAAUGCCUGUCAGUCGAACAAUAAAAUGAUCGGAAAGUGUCCGGCCA